ACAUACAAUCUUUCAGUUCUUCUCUCACUCCUAAUUUCUCCACUCUCAAUGUCUAGCUCGACGCGCCGCGGCCAAAGGCAAAGACACGGACCCUCGGCCAGCUAGUCCAACAUUAGCUCCGCAGAGCCAAAGAGAUUGGGGGAGCAGAGACAGGAGCGACUAGAAACAAACCCGCGCCGCAUCAUGACGGCGACGAUGGAUUACAACGUGGCUAAGAUGAAGAUGGAGUGCGUCCAUGGCUUUGACCCAGACUACACACCUCCCGCAACAAGAGCGACAAAUGACUCGACCUGAUUGGGUCUGAGAUCUAGUCUGUGAGCCUUGAGAUUGCACCCUGGAUCUGCGAGUAGUCUCUCUCCCCUCUCUUUCUGCACUGCAUUGCUCCGCGCUGCACUACCUACUGCACCUGGCCACACACUGGACCUCCUCGUCCUUCUCGGACACCUCCCAAUGCGAAAGGACCGCGCCACGGCGGACGGCAGAUCACCCUUGCCUGGCCACUGGUGCCGCCCCCCGGCCGCGGACUAAGCAGAGGCGGGUGGCUCUGUCUCUUCCAUAUAUAUCAUGAUCGUCCUCCGCCUGUCCAAGGGCCUUUUUUUGGAAGAGAAGACACCAGCUCACUUAUCCUCCCUGGAUCUCAGUAUCAGAUCCUAUCCAUUCACUCAUUCCGUCUCUUUCGUCUAGCAGUCGUCAACAUGUCAGUAUUACGUUACCUUCUUCCGACCCUGGCCUUGGCGCUGGGAGCCAUCGCCGAGUCUCGCAACAUCCAGUUGGACCUUACUUGGGAGACGGCCUCCCCCGAUGGCUUCGCCAGAAAGAUGAUUCUGGUCAACGGCCAGUUCCCCGGACCAAGAAUCGAGCUCACCGAGGGCGACGAUGUCACCGUCAAGGUCACCAACAACAUCCCAUAUCCCGCGACCGUCCACUACCACGGUAUUGAGAUGCUCAACACCCCCUGGUCCGAUGGUGUCCCCGGCCUCACCCAGCGACCCAUCCAGCCCGGCGGCAGCUUUGAGUACAAGUGGAAGGCCACCCAAUACGGUGCCUACUGGUACCAUGCACACUACGAGGGCCUCAUCGAGGAUGGUCUCUAUGGCGCCAUCACCAUCCACCCUGCCGCCUCUCACCAGAAGCCCUUCAGCCUGAUCUCCAGCGACGGCGCCGCCGUCCACGCAAUGGAACAGGCCGAGAAGAAGGUUGUUCCUCUUAUUUUGUCCGACCACCGCCACAUGAUCUCCGAGGAGGUUCACGAUCUUUCUGCGGCGGCCAACAUCCAAUUCUCAUGCUACGACUCUUUUCUGUUCAACGGAAAGGGCAGCGUCCAGUGCCGUACCCCCGAGCAAAUUGACGCGCUCUUGACCCAGGAGCGAAAGGAUGUCUUGGCCAACGUUGCCGGUGCCAGGAUGACCGACAAGGCCUGCAUUCCCGCUGCCAUCGUCGCUCGCGGCCAGGGAGACCUGAGCAAGGUUCCUCCCGGUGUCUUUGAUGGUUGCCAACCCAGCGAUGGCGGCCAGGAGACCUUUAAGGUUGAGAAGAGCAACUGCGACACUGAGAAGUGGGUUGCCUUUGACAUCGUCGGUGCCUACCACCUGCACACUGCCAUGUUCUCCAUCGACAACCACUCCAUGUGGGUCUACGCCAUGGACGGUGCCUAUGUCCUUCCCCAAGAGGUCGAGGCCCUGCCCGUCACCAAUGGUGACCGCUACUCCGUUCUCGUCAAGUACAAGCAGCAGGGUGACUUCACCAUCCGGUCCGCCUCCCUCAUCGCCACGCAGAUGAUCAGCGGUACCGCUCUCCUCCAGUGGCGCGAGAAGGGCCAGGCUGAGCCCCAGAUUGUUGCUUCUACCCCCUGGGUCCGUGACAACGGCCAGCCCGUCUCCCGCGACGUCCGCGUCUUCCGCCAGGCCCUCGCCAAGCCCUACCCUCCCAUCACCAUCCCCCGCAACGGUGACGCUCUGCACAAGUUCGUGAUGCACGCCUCGGGCGGCUCUUACUACUGGGCGCUGAACGACACCGUUCUCCUGCCUGCGGACUACGAGAACGACACCCCUGUCCUCUUCGGCGUCCAGGCCGCAGAGAAUGACCCCACCAUCCUCUCGACCAAGAACGCCACCUGGGUCGACAUGGUCUUCCAGGUUGGCAACUCGCCGCAGCCUCCUCACCCCAUCCACAAGCACGGCAACAAGAUGUUCCUGCUCGGCUCCGGCUCCGGCGAGUUCACUUGGAACUCGGUCGAGGAGGCCGUCGCCGCCAACAGCACCGGCUGGAACCUGGUCGACCCCCCUCGCCGCGACGGCUUUGCGACCCCCAACGCUAUCAACAACCCCACGUGGAUGGUCGUGCGGUACCUUGUCGACAACCCGGGCCCUUGGUUGCUCCACUGCCACAUCCAGAGCCAUAUCAUGGGUGGCAUGUCCGUCAUCAUCCAGGACGGCAUCGACGCCUGGCCCGUCACGCCGAAGGAGUAUGUCAACUACGCUUAAAAGAAGUGAUGUCCAAGAGGGAUCACAUUGCCCAAAGCACAUGCACAAAAGAACAGAACCCUUAAUCGGUGUGUCGAAUUAUGGGAAUCCUAAACUAGAGAUGGAUGGUUACGGCUCGGCGCGAGGGGCGCGGCAGCGGCGGCGGCAUUUGCGUGCGAUUUGUUAAUUCACGACCAAUCUGGUUUGCCAAUCUCCUUUUUCCCUUUUCUUUUUUUCUUUCUAUUUGGUCAUGCGCGGGGCAUAUCUUGGGACAAACCCUCUUAUCCUUUC